GGAGGGAGCGGGCGCCCCGCCGGUCCUCGAUUUCCGCCGGGCAACAAGAGAUUGAAGAACUGAUGAGAAAGCUUGGAUUAUACAGUCAAAACCUACUCGCUUGAAGCAAGUCCCAACCAUGGAACAUCUUAUGAUUGCUGUAUUUCUGCCUGCUGCCAUCCUAUUUUCCUGCAUCCUUAAUGCUGAAAGUGCUGAUCUGAACUCCGACAAGCAGGCUCUUCUUGCAUUUGCUGCGUCACUGCCCCAUGGUAGGAAGCUCAACUGGAGCUCCACAACACCUGUCUGCACCUCUUGGGUGGGAGUGACAUGCACACAGGACAGUAGCCGUGUACACACAUUACGCCUACCUGCAGUAGGACUCUUUGGCCCAAUACCCUCGGACACGCUUGGCAAGCUUGAUGCCCUGGAGGUAUUGAGCCUCAGGUCCAAUCGCCUUACUAUUGACCUCCCUCCUGAUGUGGGAUCAAUUCCUUCUCUUCAUUCCCUCUACCUUCAGCAUAAUAACCUCUCUGGAAUCAUACCAACUUCCCUUUCUUCCAGUUUAACAUUCCUAGACCUGUCCUACAACACCUUCGAUGGAGAAAUCCCAUUGAGAGUGCAAAAUCUAACUGGACUUACUGCAAUCCUUCUCCAGAACAACUCUCUUUCUGGACCCAUCCCUGACCUCCAACUCCCCAAACUGAGGCAUUUCAAUGUGAGUAACAACAACCUCAGUGGUCCAAUACCACCUUCCCUGCAGAAAUUCCCGGCCAGUUCCUUCCUGGGGAAUUCCUUUCUGUGCGGGUUUCCAUUGGAAUCAUGUCCUGGAACUGCACCUUCUCCUUCUCCAACACCUUCACCAUCAAUGCCCAGCAAGACCAAGAAGAGCUUAUGGAAAAGGAUCAGGACUGGUGUUCUGAUUGCAAUUGCUGCUGCAGGAGGGGUAUUAUUGCUCAUCUUGAUUCUUGUACUGUUGAUAUGCAUUUGCAAGAGAAAGAAAGACAAAGAACCAGCCGCAGCUUCGUCGUCCAAAGGAAAAGCUAUUGCAGGUGGAAGGUUAGAAAAUCCAAAGGAAGACUACAGCAGUAGUGUUCAGGAAGCAGAGAGGAAUAAAUUGGUUUUCUUCGAGGGUUCUUCGUAUAAUUUUGACCUGGAGGAUUUGCUGAGAGCUUCAGCUGAGGUACUUGGAAAAGGAAGUUAUGGAACCACCUACAAGGCUGUUCUUGAGGAUGGCACCACAGUUGUGGUCAAGAGAUUGAAGGAAAUGGUGGUGGGAAAGAAAGAAUUUGAACAACAGAUGGAGAUAGUUGGCAGGAUUGGCCAGCACCAGAAUGUUGUUCCACUGCGUGCUUAUUAUUACUCCAAAGAUGAAAAGCUACUGGUGUAUGACUAUGUCCCAUCUGGUAGCCUUGCUGCUGUUUUGCAUGGGAAUAAAGCUACUGGUAGAGCUGCAUUGGACUGGGAUACGAGAGUAAAGAUAUCUCUUGGUGUGGCCCGUGGACUAGCUCAUCUUCACGCGGAGGGAGGCGGGAAGUUCAUCCACGGCAACCUCAAAUCAUCGAACAUCCUUCUGUCACAGAACCUCGACGGCUGCGUCUCCGAGUUUGGCCUGGCACAGCUCAUGACCACUCUACCUUCUCCCGCACGGCUCAUCGGAUAUCGCGCACCAGAAGUCCUGGAGACCAAGAAGCCAACCCAGAAAUCCGACGUCUACAGCUUCGGCGUCCUGCUCCUGGAAAUGCUAACCGGAAAGGCCCCUCUCAGGUCCCCUGGCCGCGAAGACUCCAUCGAGCACCUGCCGAGAUGGGUGCAGUCCGUGGUCCGGGAAGAGUGGACCGCGGAGGUCUUCGACGUGGACCUGCUGCGGCACCCCAACAUCGAGGAUGAGAUGGUCCAGCUGCUCCAGGUCGCCAUGGCGUGCGUCGCCAUCCCGCCGGAGCAGCGGCCUAAGAUGGAGGAGGUGAUCAGGAGGAUCGCCGAGAUCCGGAACUCCUCCUCGGGGGCAAUAACACCGCCGGAGGAGACAGGCCAGGCGUCGUGAGAACGCCGAAGACAAGAAAGAGUUCCUUGUGUUUAGCAGAGGUAGCUAGCUAAGCUAGGCUGCAUAGUUACUUGCUUAUAGAUAGCUUCAGCGAAAGUGGAUAGCCGGUUGCUUAAUUAGUGGGGUGUGAGGUUUCUGUUGAUUUUUUCCGUUUCUGGGGUGAUUUUGCUCUGGCUCUUAAGAUUAGUGGGACUAAUUGCUUAUUAGUGAUCUGAAUAUGCGAUGGCCGUUGCCGUCGUUUGGGUUGGGUAGCUCCUCUGAUCUUCAGGGCGUACGUGUGUUGGCAGUAUUGUUCUGUAGUUUGUUUGGCAAUUUU